AUGAGUUCCGAAAACGCAGAUCAAGUUAAGGAAAGUGUAAAGGAUUACUAUGGCAAAACGCUUAAGACGAAUGAUGAUCUAAAGACGAGCGCAUGUAAAUUUGAGGGAAAGAAAAUGCCUCCUGCCGUAAGGAGUGCUCUGAAACUUAUACACGAGGAGGUAUCCAGCAAGUAAGAGUUUAUUUUGUAGAUUUUUAUUUUGUUGCUCUUUCUUACUCGAUGAAGACUAGAGCGAUUAGCGAGAUAAAUCUGUAGCUGAAGGUGCGCGCAAUCUUGAAUCUUUUCGUACAUGAUGGUACGACAAGCUGACGGAAAAAACCGAUCAACAGCAAUAACCAUAACAACUUUAUUUACCCACGAUAAAAGAAUCAUCAGGCAAGAAGGGAUAUAUCUAGCAGAUUAACUAAUUAAGGCCAGUAACAAUAUAAACACAUGCACAGGGCUGUCAAAAAGUUCUUAAGUAGCGUAUAAAUAAUUAUAUAGUACUAGCGGAGCAGGCUGAUAAUGAAUAGUAGGCAGUUUUGGAACUCGCACCAAAGGCACAAGUUCUUGAGGGCCGAGGCAUCUGGGGACAUUUUGAAAUUUAGAGUCUCGGAAAUGGAGUUUCUAGGUUUCUAGAGUUUUUUUAAGUGUUCGAUUGUGUUCGAUUGGUAAAAUUUUUGGGCAAGUUCAAUUAAGUUAGAUUACUGAACCCAAUCAAAGGCAAUUGAACGAUUGCAGUUUGAUUGGGUUCGAUUACCGAACGUUCAAUAGGCCGGCUGCAUGAAAGAGACAUGACUUUACAUUCCAAUUUGUCAAUUUUCUGCUUGUCAAAAGUGGACUUUGUUGAUAGACUUUGAAACUUUCUUCACAUCUGAAUCAGCAAGGCUUCAAAUCCUUUAACAAAUUCUUCAGGUGCUUAGGGGUUAUUGUUAGUAAGUAUGAAACUACACUGCAGGAGAUGAGACUGGCAUUCAAUGGCUGAAUGGUGCCACUUCAAUCAUUUUUCGUUGUGUGUUUGCCUCAGAAAACAACCAACAUUUUGCUACAUCACCACUGGUUUCCCUAUAAUAUGAUGUCUGAGAAAUGAUUGCAGAAAUUCCAGACUGAUGACGUGUUACUACUGAGAUCUGGGUAGUGCUUCUGAUGAGUUGUGCCAUGUGAGAAAUUUGCUUCAACCAAUCAGAAGCACUACCCAGAUCUGGUUAGUGAGACGUUGUCAGUAUGGAAUUUCUGUGCUCGUUUCUCUUAUGUCAUUUCGCAGAGAAACCAGUGGUCACAUUGCGAAAUAACGGCUGUUUUCUAAGGCUAGUUGUGUGUUCAAGCACAAUGUUAAUAUGUGUGCACUUUAUUUACUUAUUUAACUGACAUGUGCAUUUAGUUAGUUAUUUAGGGCAUUACAUUUGCUUUAGGUUGUUUUCCUACUCAUACACCUUGUAAGUAACUUUACUCUUAUUGUGGGUGGCUCCUCCUAAAAUGUUCUACAAUUGGUCUAGGAUUUAAUGGAGCCCAAACCAAUUGUGGAAUUGCACACAUUUUAGGCAGCAUUAAUUUUUGCAAAAGUGUGGAAGGAAAAGGGGUUUGGACCUGGAGGCGGAGCAUCCCACUCUAACAUUUCCCCCCUUUUCAGUAGUGUUGUCCAGACAAUGACAUACUGUAAGUAGCCAAUAAUUUAAUGAGAUAGGAUGAGCUUUGAUACAAUUUCUGGUAGAUUAUGUUUUGUCCAGGUUAAAUCAACUUAUAAUAUGGGUUAAAUUUCAGGUUUUAUGGAUGUGGUUUGGUAGCCCCAGAAUCUCUUGAGGGCAUGAAAAUCCUGGACCUUGGAAGUGGAUCGGGACAAGACUGCUUUGUUCUUAGUAAACUUGUUGGUGAAAAUGGUCAUGUGACUGGUGUCGAUAUGACAAAGGAACAGGUCUGUGAAAAUUGAUUAGUAUAUAAUAAUUACAGUUUACGUACAUACAUCUACAUGUGUGUGCACUCUUCAGGGUAGUUUUGCAACCUUACAAAGAAUUAUAGGAAAAUAUGUGAAGUUGAGAGAUGAGAACUGGACUCUUUUAGAACUUCUUUAUUAUUAAUUUUAACUUCUUCUCUACCCUCCCCCCCAAAACAACAAUAACAACAACAACAAACAAAUAAGUCUAGUACCUUAAAGAACAGACAUUUGUACACCUGUAAAUAUGCAAACAGUCUCGCCAAGAUUCAGGUCAAUUGUGAUUUUUCAAAUGUGUCAAAAUAUAUUCGUAGUUAUGGGUAAAUGUUUCAUCCAAAUCUAUGGAACUUGUUGUUUGGUGAAAACAUUUUGAUGUACCACUGUGGGUACAAAAUUUGUGUCCCCCAGUGGUUUAAAAAAAUGUGGUGGUUGGAAACGUACAGAAAAAUCUGUCGUUGAGUUUUUCUCUAGAAGCACUGUAAAAUCAUCACCAAUGAGGAGCUCAAUAACAUUAGAAAUAUUAUUUAUACCUAUAUAUCAUACAAGGACUGUUCAGGUAGAAAAAUAUGAUCAGUCACCUUUUUAACCUGCAGCUGUACAAUGUACAUAUCUGCUUUUGCUGCUGCCCUUUAACUUCCACACCUUUGCAAAAAUUAAUGUUGUUGCCUAAGAAAGUAUACCAUACAUGUAAGCAAUGAGACCUAAGGGAUUGCUGGGAACAUUAAUUAAUUCACUGACAUUCUCAUUUAAUUGUGAGUUGUAUGGCUUCAUUAUUUCUUUUGUUAUGGUGUUGAUGAAACUAUAGUCUUGUAUUGUGCCAUGCUCUCUGACGAGAAUUUCUGAGAAAACAUACACCUGUGUGGGCACAGGUGAAGUUAAGAUGAACACUAUUGUAAAGAGCAUUUUGACGUAGCAAUUUGCUAAUAAACCUAUUUUCCUAUGUAUUUACCCACUCCCCUUGUGUAAUUCCCUAUAACUUUGACCCAUUCCCCCACCCCUUGUGGAAUUUCCUUUGUCUUGAACACAUUUUGUGACCUGAAUCAACCCGCAUUAAUCACCCUAGAUGGUACCAUUAAUGUUCAUUUUUCAUAAUUUAUUAAUACUUGUUUAGGUGGAUGUUGCUAACAAGUAUGUAGAAUACCAUGCAGAACAGUUUGGAUAUUCGAAGCCUAACACUGACUUCAAACUUGGGGAAAUGGAACGUCUGUCUGAUUUAGGCAUACAAGAGAAUUCUAUUGAUAUUAUCAUGUAAGUUUGUUUUACAUUGUAUUUUGAUCAAACUGAGAGCUACAGUACAGUGUAUAACUGGUUGUUUGUGACAAAGAAAGAUGUAAUGGUUAAUGCUUUUUAAAACAAAUUUUGCUUUUUGCUGAAGUCUGUCUUUCUUUCACAAUCAUCUGAGCAUACAGUCAAGCGUCAAGCCCCUCUUGGGGUGGGGGAGGGGGCUGAGGGGGGCAUGUAUGUCCCUUGUCUGAAUUUUAAAACCAGUCAUUUCAUGUAUUGUUUAGUAAGUCAUGUCGCUGUUGGUAUGUCUCUUUUGUUUUUGUGAUUGUCCUUGCAGAAGGCUUCCACCAUAACUACAGCUUGCUCUGACUGAUAAUAAAAUAAUAUGUGUUAAAUGAAUUUGAAAAAAUUGUGUUAACUUUUGGGUAUUAUAAAGUAAAAUCAGUACUUUUAGCAGUCAUCUGAGUAAAUGCUUCAAAGAUUUACAGUGCACUUUACAGCACUGUUGUUAACAUCCUUGUCUUUUAAUUAGAAUUUGAUUGUCCAGUGCGGGAGACAGAAAAAAAUGACUUUUAGUUUUAUCUUUUGUACAUUCUGCGAAUAAAACAAUGUAUUUUGCCAAUAAUAUUUUUGGUAAAUUAUUUUCUCCUACAAAGGAAUCACAUGAAUCUCUUUUUUUCUCUCUCAUGUGCCCAUAUGAAUCUUGCCUCAUUUUAUUACAUAGUAUAAAUAAAAUUAUAGUGUUUUUUUUAGUCCCGUGCUAUUAUUUUGGUAGUGUGGAUCCAGUGGUGGAUUGAUUACAAAUCUUGGAAGAAGAUCAGUUUGAAAACCAACAAUAACAUCUCCCUUUUCAUUUUUGAUUUUAUUUAACAGUUCAAACUGUGUUGUCAACUUAACAGCAGACAAAGCAGUUGUCCUUAAACAAGCCUACAGAGUUCUCAAGGUAAGAAUCAUCUUUUUGGCCUGAUGAUUUCAUUGAAAGAUGGUUAUGUGAGUUAAAUGUCCCUAUUACUUACACCAACAGUUACUUUCAAGGUGACUGAUUAUUUUUCAGAACAUUGUUGUUGAUACUGAAAAUUACUAGUAAUCACCAAUACGUGCAAUAUUCUCAUCUUCAGUGGAAAUUUGCUUCUCGACCCUUGAUUUAUUGUCGUGUAUUGUUGUCCAUUUAAGCGAAAAAUAAUGGCAAAUUUUGGCAAUUUGAAGUGUCUCUUCUGUUUUAUUGCCAAAAUUAUGAAAGUGGAUAGUUAAGAGUUCAAAUCUUUUCUCAGACAAUGGAUUUUUUAGAUUUCAGGUGCUGUGAGUUUUGUUUUCAUUGUUGUUUAUUUUUUUGUCCUUUGUAUAAGCAUUCUUUUGUGAUUCCCUUUAGGAUGGAGGUGAAGUAUAUUUUAGUGAUGUUUACACAGAUACAAAUCUCUCUGAGGAAGCCAGAAAAGAUGAGGUACUUUGGGGUAAGGGUUUCAUCCUUGUUUUGUUUAAUUGUAACGUAAUUGAAUUUUCUGGUUUUGCAAUCAAAGCUAUUUCUAAAUGAGUUUUUGUAAAUUGUAUUAACCACUAGUUGUGAUUAUCGAUAAAUAAACAAGGUGCAAUAUUGUUUUUGUCGUUCAGGUGAGUGCAUUUCAGGAGCCUUGCACUGGAAGGAGCUGAUUGAGCUGUGUAAAGAAGUGGGCUUCAGUGGGCCUUACUUAGUUAUAUCCAGGCCACUUGAUGUUGACCCAAAACUGAGGAAGCCGUUAGGUACGUGUAGGUUCAAAGGGAACAAAUACUGAAUUAGUUUUAGUACUAUCCUAGAGGUCCACACCACACCCUGUUCAAGGAAUCUGGUCGUGAAGAAAGAUACCCUUCUCAAGACACUAACUAUUAUUUGUAUAAUAUCCUGGUUAAGCACAUUAAGGGUAAACAUACCCCAGAAAGGAGUAAGUUAAGGGUAGUGGGUUUGAAACCAACCAAAGUCAUAAGAUUUUUUGUUUGUCUCAUUAAUUUUUGUUCCCCUGGGCCUGGUUCCUGAAAGGCUGAUUAGCGCUAAUCCGGGAUUAAAAUUUUGUUUCACUUUUUGCAUCUACCUUCCUAUGCAUUGCUUAGAGUAACAUUUUGUGUUAUCAUCUCUUUUUUUUUCGGAGUAAAGGCACUAUAGUAUUUUGCAAGCUCGAGUUACAUGUUCUUAGACAAGAAAACCUUGCUUAAAAUUUGGCUUAAUCCUGGGUUAAACUUAACCAUCUUUUGAGCAACCAGGCCCUGAUUCCCUUUAUUACAUGUAGGGCUACAAUAAUUGCCGUUUAUCGGUUUACUAGGUAGCACUUGAAUUUUCCUUCCAGAGUUAAUUCUUUGUUCCAUAAUUCAACUCGAGGCUUGUUUUGAUACAAUACAGUUAUGAAAUUGUUCACCCAAUUGUUAAUCUCGUUUAGUGAGUGUGCUCACUGGAGCAUGAUACGGGAAAGGCUUGUUGAGCUAGCCACUGGUGGUGAUGAAUAUUAGAGAGUUCAAGCAUCACUUAUACGGCAAACGUCAGAUUCAAGUUGAGAAUUUCUCAAAAUAGAAAAUGAGCAGAUAAAAACAGCUCAAAACAAUUCUUAUGGAUGAAAAAUUGUGUGAAACUACUAAUUUAUGUGUUGAAAUAAUGAACAGUAAACGACAAGUAAAAGAGAAACUUGGUCACGUGGUACAAAUUCGCGUUUGCCGUUUGCCGUAAACGUGGGUCUUAACCUCUUUAUUUACCCACAGCUAUGUAGGUAAAUGUUUGGUUCUUGGCCCUAGGUGGUCAGAGUUGAAACUUUUUGCUACAUGUUUCUUAUGUUUUUCUAAGGUGAUGCACAGUUUGUGUCUGCUACAUAUCGUCUGUUUAAACCUCCCUGCGACAAGUCUACAGACACAGGCUCCAAAGUCACCUACAAAGGUAAUAAUGUGAAA